AAAACCGCCCACUUCCUCACGUAUAAAAUUCCCGGCCGCCUGUCCUCCGCCGUCACACAGCAACAGUCCUGCUACGACGCACUUAGUUCUGUCGUACGUCCGUCGCACGCCCUUGAGUUCGACCGAUCCCCUUGCCACCAUCCUGAUCGAGCCGUAAACACUUAGGCACCUGCUCUUCGCCGCAACCCAGGCGCUUUACGCCGACGGCACACUGGUUCAACCGCCGUUCCUGCGAGCGCACGCAUAGAACAGGAGCAACAAAGGCCCACCGGCCGAACUACGGGCAAAAUGUUGAAGAUAUGGUCCAUGAAAAAGGAGCAGCAAAAGGCUGAGAAUGCGGAUAGCGCGGCCACGGGGGGAAAGAAGAAGAAGGUGACGGCGGCGCAAUUACGGGUGCAGAAGGACCUGUCCGAGCUCUCGCUCGGCUCGACGAUGAGCACCGAGUUCCCGGACCCGGAUAACAUUCUCAGCUUUAUCCUCUACAUCGAGCCGGACGAGGGCAUGUACAAAGGCGGGCGCUUCAGCUUCACCUUCAACAUCACGCCCAGCUUCCCCCACGAACCGCCCAAGGUGCAGUGCCGCGAGAAGAUUUACCAUCCCAACAUCGACCUCGAGGGAAAAGUGUGCCUGAACAUCCUGCGCGAGGACUGGAAGCCCGUGCUCAACCUCAACGCCGUGAUUGUCGGCUUGCAGUUUUUGUUCCUCGAGCCCAACGCGAGCGAUCCCCUCAACAAGGAGGCCGCCGAGGACCUGCGGAAUAACAGAGAGGGCUUUAAGAGGAAUGUGAGGCAGGCCAUGGCCGGGGGGACUGUGAGGGGCGAGACGUACGAGAGGGUGCUGGCUUAGGACGGUUAAGCUAUAAGCUAUGGCUGGGGGAGAAUAAGAAGAGGCUCGCGUGCUGGGAAGAUAUACCUUGGACCCGGAGAGUACUGGGCUGUUGGGGGAAGGUGAGGAUGAUAUCUACGGCCAUGAACGGGCUAGAGGGAGAUAUGGCACGACAUCGUCAUAGAUCCAGACACUACGGGGCAUUCAUGAUGACGACCGCAGACGAACCGGGAUCACUUGCGUACGGGG